AUGUCGCAGCGCCGCGUUGAUCUAGUGAAAAAGGCAUUUUCCCUUUUGGACAAGUCUGGUGACGGCGUGAUUACGGUAAAUGCGCGUUUUAUUGUUUGCAUUUGCGACUUCGCUUUAAGAAUGUCCAACGCGAAGGCUUGAUGCAUUUUUUGGGCAGAAUACGUGCUUGCAUAGAAUUUUACUCCGCUGUCUUCUUUUCGAAAGCAAUUUUUAUUGACUCAUCUGACAUUCAUAUUAUGUGGGGGUGCGACUAAAGUAACCUCACUCAAGAAGCGAUUAUUAGUGUUCGUAGUACGAACACGCUCCCACAAGAGCCCUGUUGGUUAUUUCUAGGCCGAUUGUGCCCCAACUACUGGCAAACCCAAGAACACUCUUGGAAGCGGCCUAUGAUCUAAAGUUGCCCCAAUAGGUAGCGGUGAGUAUGUGCACGUCGACUUAGAAAGGCAACUGCGUAGGCUCAUAAGUAAGAAUAUAGUUAACUCAGCUUGCGAUAGAGAUUCAGUUGGCCAUCGAUGGUCUCCCAGUAUUUAGAAAAUCAAACACCGGAAUGUGGCCAAUCUUAGGGAGAAUGUCGCGGAACACUGUGAACACAGAAGGGAUCCAGAAAACCUAUUUACAUAUUUAUUUAAUUUUUAAAUAAACGUAUUCGACGAUAACCGUCUCCAAAGUACCUCUGGGUAAACGGGGGGGGGGGAUAAACAUACGAAAAGGAAUGGAUGGGGGGUAGAAAAGGGCAUUGGUUAAGCAAACGACUCCACGCGUAGCAUAUUCCCUCCUUUCGCCGACGGCGUAGUAUCUCGAUUAAUCGAUAUCUAAGAGAUAUCUAUUUUUGCGACGAAAUAGAUAUCCAGUCGAUAUAUGAAUCUCGAUAAAUAGAUAUCUAGUAGAUAUCUACUCGAUAUAGUUUGCUACUAGGGGCUUUUUGUUGAUAUUUUUGUCUUUUCCUAACCAAAUGUUGCUUUGCAUAAGCUUAGACCUAAGCAUAUGUAAAGAAAAAUUUGGUUUCUAUUUUUAUAACCGUCGGCUAGCUCAAAAUCUGCCAUAGUUCAUACUCAGGUGCCAAGUCUUUGUCACUCUACACGCUUGAAGACUGCCGUACAGUCUCUUUUUCUAGUAAUUCAGCCAAGUCUACCCUCCAACUGAUGCCUUUUUUCUGUUUUGAACAGCCGGCCGACCUAAAGGGCGUUUAUAACGCAAAGAGCCACCCAAAAUACCAGAAUGGUGAGUGGACGGAGCAGGACGUCUUUAGGGAGUAUCUCAAGACUUUUGAGUGUGGAAGCAGCGAAGUAGAUGGAAAAGUAAGUUUUCGUUUAGUUGAACUUUCCUUAUCGGCCGCACUUUUUUGCAAAUAAUGCGUAUAAAGUCGCCAUUCUUACGUAUGGACCUCCGGAAUUUUAAUGCAUUCUGCAGUAAACUAGAAGUUUGUGAUGAUCCAGGGAAGGGAAACUCAGACACUCACCUUAUAGCAUUUGCUGUUGUUGAGUCAUUGCUGUUUUUGUCCGAGUUAAUUACAAACCUUAGCGUUUCAAGCUAUUUUAGGCGGUUAUAUUGACUAGAUGAAGUGCCUAUUACCUUAUCAUCUUACUUGGAACCGCCCAGUUUUUUUAUCCAACCAUCGCUUUCAUCUUUUACCCAGCACUAUUACAUGUUUCUGUAUGAAGACCUGUUACCCGCGUCUAUUCCUUGGAACGACGCAAUACCUAAGGGUUUUCCUGUAAUUAAUGAUGUUUUCGUUGGAAUUUUCAGUUUGUCGUUCUGAACCGCUUGCUUCACUAUAUGCUGUUCUCUGUUUGAAUGCUGUCUGAGCCUUAGUUGAUAAUUAUAAGUUGUUUUUGUCGUUGUUGGUUAAAUGAGGCACUUUUUUCCAGUGAAUGAAAUUUCGCAGUUGAACAGUACUAUCACUUCCAGCUAGUCUGAAUACAGUCAUGAAGCUUCGAGCUGCUACUCCCCCACCCAUCGUGAUAAUUACCUCUGUCGCCUAACUGUCGCCAUCAUCAUUAAUGUCCUCAUCUUCACCACUCCGUCAAUCAUAAUAUUUAAUCGCAAAGGCUAUAAGUUGAACGCAGUGUUUUUGGAUGCGCAAAAAAUACCCCCCACCCCGGCGACGUCUUUUUAGGUGCACGAUUAUCCUUUCGCGUGUAGCAAGUCGUUCCUGACACAUUUAAACACCGUUUGAACUCCAUGGACUGCGGUUUUUUGGACAGCGUACAUAUUUUUGAAUGGCCUGUCCUAUUGUCCGGUUCGUUGCUUUAACUGUUUUCUAUAAAGGGUGUCCAAAGCGGUCUUAGCUCCUCCAUGACCUCAGUGUCCCUCGCAGACCCAAGAGAAUAAUCUGCCGUGUGAUUGUAAUACUCAAGAAUCUGUCACAUGGUAAAACUGCUUCUAUCGGGUCUGUCGUUGUUCUUAAUAAACAGCGUUAAAAGUUUUGCAGAACAGACCACGGAUUUUUCCGUAAGAUCACCGAACGAUACGACAGCCGCUGGAUGAUCACCUCAAGGCUUUGACUGAGAAAAUAAAAGCUUUUGCUAAAUGCGUGACGGGGAGGCAAGUCUAUAUGACGGUUGGCUGGGCAGUCUGUGUAGAUUCGGGCUUAUUGCACUGGCCUUCGUGUGUGAUCAUUGCCAACGCCCAGGAUCUCAAUGGUUUCAAAGUUGAAGAUGUAUCCCGUGUUCGCAACAUGGGUUACCGUCCCCGAAUUCGCGCCAUCAUUCGAACGACCGACAUGUGCUUAUACUUCGUGAGUCUGUGACCCAGUGAUCAAGCCGGCCUCGGUGAUGUUGCGUGUUUUAUUUAAAGCCACCUAUCUCUUCAAGUUGACAGCCUUUUAUCCCGAGAGGUGCCUUCUCCUGGUCAGGUAUGCAGCUGGAAAACAAUUUGAUCUCCCCAUCUUUCAUGAAUAAAUCAACCGAGGUAGCGAUUUCAUUUACCCGUGACACCACAGACUGUAGUUCACUAAAGCUUGUGGCCAGCAAGGCAAUAUCGGCAGCCUAGUCCACAUCAGUCAGUCGGUGUCUGGGUGAAAACGUGACACCGUCAAAACCGUGAAGGGUCCUUCCGAGAAUCCGGUGAAUGGCGUAGUUGGUCGGAAUGGACAACAGGAUACUACUUUGUCUAACACCAGAUCGGAUGUCGAACGGUUGGGCGAGAUUGUUGUGGACGAGAACUCUCGUAAUGAUAGGCAGAUAGUAGACCUUGAUCAUGGCGAUGAUUUUGUUCAGCGCGUCAUCUGGUUCCAUUACUCGCCAAAGGGACUCACGAUGGACGGAACCGAACGUACGGCCAAGUCAACAAAGCAGACGGCCGUCGGUUGCUGUUAGCCACGACGGGAUUCUUUAAUUUCCCCUAAUAUGUAAAUAUCUGGUCCGCGCAUCCACGCCCAGCUCGCAAUCCAGCUCGAUUGGGCCUCACCCUGCUGUCAUGCACAGACUGGAAUCGCCUAAGAAAAACAACAACGAUGAUCAUUACAGAUACGUCGAUGAGGCUUGUGCUGCGGUAGUUUUCACACUUUGUUCCUCCAUGGCAGGCGCAAGGAUGCCCGAGCCCUAGUCAGUGAGAACUACCCCAUCUCUCCAUACUUCCUCGAUCGCCUCGUGAAGCCAGUGUCGACACAAGACCCGUAGAUUCCAGCGGAAAACACGUCCUCAGCGAAAGCCUUGUUGUUUUGCGACUUCCUUAUUGCAUCGGCAACUUCUCCCUCAGAAGAUAGGUCUCACGACACUGCAUAGUCUGGAGAAUUUCCACUUUAUUCGCCGUCGCUUGGUCCCUGUUUCUGAGCCAUUCACAGUCUUGCUUCCCCAGUUUUCAGAAUUGUGCACACACACACACGCGACCAGUCGCAUUUCGAUGGGAACAGCAGGUUCGAACGCCACUGGACCAGCCGCAACACCCAGUGGACGGAAAACUCAUAAUCCCGUCUUGCAGAUGCGGACAGCCGCUUAGCAUUUUGGCGAAGACCGACGACACUCGAGUGGUCAUUUCUGGCCUGCUUACAGGAGAUCUAGGCUGAAACUCCCGGCAGAAAAAGCAGAACGCCCUUACCCUUUCUUCCAGGUCAGUAAGUGCCACGCCCACGCGAGUCACGCACAACCGGUAGCAAUAAGGCGUGCGUGUCUACACGCCGUCUACAAACCGCGCUGCCCACCUGAAUGGGAGGUUGCUGCUCAGACCGACUUCAAUUCCGAUCAUCGGCCCCCCACACCACAUUACUAAAAAUUUGAUUGAGACACCUUUUUAGACGUGAAGGUCAGAAUCCAUGGACGACUAUAAACUGGAAAAAACAUUCAAUUAUAGCCGACAUAACCGAGAAUACAAGUCCAGGGAAACAGUUGAGAAGAAGUAGACGCGGUCGCUGGAACAAAAGCCCUACUCGCCUAGAACCCAUCACAAGGAACAGUAUCAGAUACUGGUAAUUCAUGCUCAGGGGUUUUCAUUACCUAUGAAAAUCAACGGUUGCGAUAAUUGUUUGGUGGCCGACAUUGAAGUCGUUAAUCGUUGCACUUUCUUAACCCGUGUUGGGUGUUGACGUGAAAAUUACUCGACUACCUGCCACAUCGACACUGGCUUUGUAAACAGUGUUCGCCGGCCCGCUCUUCGCGUGGCUAAUUGCUCGGCCCAGGUUAAGUCUCAGCACCGGAUAUGGAAGAGCGAGGUUAUUGCAUUUGUUAGUAGACUUGGGACCAGCGCACUAUAGCUCAAACAGCUGGCCGCUCACGUGACUGUCACUUUGCGAGAAUUUCGGCCUUGUCAAACUGGAAUGUUUGACUGGGUCCCGUCGAAUGGGUCGCGAUCUGGGAGCUGGCGUCAUCUUUCCGCACUGCCGCCGCGUGUUCGGCCAUUCGCGUCCAGAGUAGUCCUCCAGUUUCUCCAAAUUAAUUGAUUUGUCCGCAACUGCACCACGUUCGAUAAAAGACUCCAGACGUUUCUUGUUGUGGCGGUGGGUCUUUUUGUCUCAUUACUUGACGCCUGAUGGUUGCCUGCGGUCUGUGUGCCACUCCAACUGUAAGUGGUGCAAGAGGGCGACUUAUGGCCUCCAAGAUGUCUCUGACACACAGAAGCGCUCGCCAGGCUCUGAGGUAGGUGCGAUUUGGCAUGUCGUCUCGUGUGGGUAAGCACUGGCUGACGAAGUUGCGCGGGCAACCAUUGGGUCUGAACACCCGUCAAAGAUAUUGCAAGUUGACAAUUCUAUCUUUCGAUUCACUGUGGCGCGCUCCAACAUGCCGACAUAACGCUCUUACGCAACCGCUCUUGUGGGGGAUUCGGUGGUUGCUGUUAAAGCUCAGUACUUGCGUCGUGUUUGUCGCUUUCCUGAACACUAGUCUCUAGGCCACCACAAUCUGCGCCAUAAGUCAGGGAAGGACAGCUGGUUUUUUCCUCCAUCGUAAAUUGUAUGUCUGGGCAGACGACCUGAUCUCGUUCAAUUACUAAAGAUCGGUAAGAUAUCGUUUGGUAGCUUCACCUGAUGGACACAAUGCUGUUUGAUUUGGGGUUAGGGGUUAUGGUUGGAGGUCAGGGGUGAUGACUAAGGGUUAGGGCUCAGGGUUAGGGGUUAUAGUUAAGGGUUAGUGUUAGGGGCUAGCGCGACUAUUUCUCAACCACCCAAACUACAACUACACAUCUCCAAUGACUAAGAAUCACCCACUUACCGAGUUCAGAAUUUCGGUCUCUAGUGUUGGAAGAUCAGCGACUCCAACCGUUAUACAACCGCCUCGACUGAGUCCCGAAAUCGGCAAACCCAUCGGUGUACCUUUCAAAGAUAGGCCUAUAUCGCAGUGUCAUUUAGCUGUAAUCAGGCUGUCUAGGAGUCAUUAAAAAAACAAGACCUAAAUACCUCACUUGCUGCCUUACAGAGGCCCUGGAACCCUUCUGUUAGACGGUAUGCUGACUGUCCAGCGUAUCCACAUGUGACGGGUGUUGAAGUGGGCUCCAUCAAAGAUAUGCAAUUGUGGCGAGGUAACUUGACAACGUAUUAAAGGGUCACAAGCAUAGGCGGUAUUGCGACAUGACAAACGUUAGUCAACAUUCAAUGGGACUUCCUCCGUUGCCGUUGCCCUACAAAUUAUGAUCACGGAACCGGGUGGGACCUGAGAUCUCGUCCGUAUCAUGCCGUGGAAUCCGGUGCCGAUCGUGGCAAAAUUCGAUCUACCUGCUGUCACUCCAAUACCUACCAAGCGAUAACCCGUUCAACAUUCUUCCUCCUCUUUUCAACCAACUCCAUGCCAUCUAGUAGGAAUGCCUUCCCCCGGUGCUGCGGGCUUAGAAGCGUCCAAAUGGACCAACUAACAAGCCUUUUCGCCUUCGUCUGCCACUUAAAACAGUCUUCCCUUAUCACUUCCCGGGCUAAUUGCACAAAACUGCACGUGUAAACCGUCUUUCCUGCUCGAAUUAGAGACCUGAUUGUUACUCUUGUCGACUUUAUGUCAUAUGUACUCCUUGGCUUGUGUACCAAAUAAAUUCUAUCUUUGUUACCCCACCUAUUUGCUCCUACUAAAGUGUCGUGCCUUGAAGUGGGACAAAUCGUAGGAUUUAUGACACCUUUCGAAUUUCUUGGUUUUUACCUUGGGCUUUCUAGUCUGUUUCCUGGGACUGUAGUCUUCAAAAUGUGGACAAAAUUCUGCUUCUCUUCCCUACGACGGAGGCCUUUUGCUGUGUUCGAGGCGUCGCUGUACCCUUGCCAAACCUCUUAUCCGGCCUAAAAACUGCCGACCUCCAUACGUCUCCGCCCUCGGCUGCUUUGGUUUUAAAGCACUUCCUUUCCUUUCGACACUAUUGGCUGAACGGGCUAUGCUUACUCGGUGGCUAUUAUUAGUCCGAGAUGCCAGCCUAACGUCUUCUACUUUCGCACUGUUUUUGCGACAGACUCCGAACAAAGACGUGAAACAGAGUUGCCUCGAUUGGCCAAUCGUGUCACGCGAGACAGUCGGGCCGCGUGUCUGCGAUCAUGCCUGCACGGCGACCCGGUGGGACGGGCAUGGGCUCAUUACCGAUUUGACUUUGGCUUGGAUUUUAGAUAAAUACCAUAGAUGUACACCACGUUAGCGUUGUUUACCAACGUUCGUGGUCGCCACGGCCUCCACUCGCAAUAGUUUUUGGGAUUUCUCUCAUCGUAAAACUGUCCCUCCUUGGAGAGUUUGGAACGCGUACUUCCUCCCGGUCACAAUUGCAAAUGUCAUAGGACCAUCGUACGUUGCCGGGAUCCUUUCCUUCCCAAGCCCGGAAGAUGCCCACCACAGAGAAUCUCUGUACUGCAAGCGAGCUCUCGAUGUAGGGAUUUUAGGCCGUCGGGUUGUCACAUGGGUGUAACAUUUCCUACUAUCUAAGCGUAACCGACUUGCCAGCUGUGAGUCACUGACACCCUGCAUCUAGAAGUUUACGGACAAGUACGACUGGACUGGCGCACCUCUCCACUAAGCGACCGUCUGCCAUGCCCAUAGCCUGAUGCUUCGAAGUAGAACGUAGCCAUCAUACUCCUCUCGACGAUUAGGCCAGCUCGGUGAACGCCAUCUCCACACGGUCCAUCAUAUAUGUGGUAAGAGCCACUGUCGAGCAUGUUAAAGGCAGUGACAUGCACACAAGCGUCAGUCCACCUGCACGCCUGGGCGAGUAGCAGCUUGAGCCUUAUGACCCAGUUUCGUUCCCCCUCCCGUUUAGUGUGUUCUUGUUAGUUUUUUUGCAGUUAUUCGCGCGCGUGCGCGUGUGUUACUUAUUUCCAUCGCACCAGCCCGCACAGUCUCCUUACUCUUCUUCCUCCAUCCUUCUAGGUGACCUGGGACGAGUUUCUCAAUUACUACAGUGGCAUCAGCGCCUCCGUGGACGACGAUAUCUACUUCGACUUGAUGAUGCGGAACGCGUACAAAUUGUAA